UCGAGAGAACCGAUCUCUCGGCAGUAGCGUUAAGACAGUCCGAGAGAAUGGCUCGCGACAAACGUUUCACCGGCGUUUCGUGUUUGGCCCUGGUCAUCCUCCUUCUGUUCGUGCCAUCUUCGCAUGCUCUCUUCAAGAACGAUCUCUACCCUUACAAUGUUCCAGGAGCGAAUGCACUCGAAUACGACGCCAAUGGGAUUCUUCAAUCCAUCGAAGCGAUUCUCAAAACGCCUAUUGUUUUUUACGAUAAAGUCUACAAUAGCAUAUUCGUAAAUGCAAACGGCGUCCUAUCAUUUUCACGAGCAAUGCAAAGGUUCUUUAACAUCGCCUUUCCAUUGGAUGAUCCGGUGAUCGCACCACUCUACACCCACGUCGAUACAAGAGCAUCAGGAAUGAUUUAUUGGGCUGAGACGGAUUCCCCGGAGGUUAUUGCGAGAGCAGGUGGAAUGAUACGAAGCACGUUCAAGGAUGCGCUUGAUUUCGAGCCGACCCACGUCUUCUUGGCAACUUGGUUAGAUGUUGGUUACUAUAACGAGAAAAGCGAUAAGGUGAAUACUUAUCAAGUAGCCAUCUCUUCGAAUGGCACACAUUCUUUCGUUGAAUUAUUAUAUCCAGAAAAUGGAAUCCAAUGGAUACAAGCAGAGUCACAUCCCAAUGGAUUGCCAGAUGCCAAGGCUCAGGCUGGCUUGAUGAGCGAAGGUCGAAUAACAACAUUACAAGGUUCAGGCACUGAUCAGAUUCAAAAUGCAGAUAAAUGGUCAAAUAUUAACAGACCUGGUCACUGGGCGUUUCAAGUAGGCCCAAUCGAUGAAGGUGAAGAUAUCAAAGCUCCUGAUAGUAUAGAAGAUACCACAAGUGGUAGUCGAAUAAUGAGUUGCAGAACCGGUGCCACGACUUGUCACAGUAAAGCAAUUUGUAUUGACUAUGAGGUUGGCUUUUGUUGCAGUUGUAAACAAGGAUUUUUUGGAAAUGGAAAAUCUUGUCAACCGAAUGACGUUCCUCUUCGCGUCAUUGGUCGUAUUUCUGGUAAGAUCAAUGAAAUUGAGUUUCCAUCGAGGGAUCUUCAAUGCUAUGUACAAACCAAAGAUGGAAGGACAUACACUGCUUUGUCGAGGGUACCAGAAGAGAUAGGCGCAAGUUUUCAACUUUUGAGUAAUCUCGGUGGUGUAAUUGGUUGGCUAUUUGCAAAACCAAUCAGUGAAACUAAAAAUGGAUACGAACUUACAGGUGGUCUAUUCAAUCACACAGCUGAGCUUCUUUUUACGUCCACUAAUGACAGAGUGACCAUGCGAAAUAAUUAUCAGGGAUUAGACGUCUUCGGACAAUUGAAAAUGGAAGCAGAAAUAAUAGGGAAAUUGCCGUAUUUAGAAUCAGACACAAAAGUCGAAUGCGGAGAUCACGAUGAAGUUUAUACAAGAUCGGAAACUGGAAUAUUGCGUUCUCAAAGUGAAAGAACUUGUAAAUUGAUCAGUGGAUACGGUGAACGGGAAUUGAUUUUCACUCAGGAUCAAACAAUCGUUUAUAACGAAUGUCCAUAUGCAGAAAAUGAUUUAGAAGAAGAUUCGACUAGGUUAAAAUUCCAUAGGGGUGUAACAACUUAUGAAGCAAGAGAAGGAAUUAUUAGAUUUGCUGUUAAUACAAAGAUUGCACCUUUAGAAGAGGAAGAUCCAUGUAUACAAGGUAGAGAAACAUGUGGAGAACAUAGUUCUUGUGUCGUUGAUGAAGACAACUUCAAAUGUGUUUGCAAUCCUGGAUAUCAGUACCUUUAUGAAGAAGAUGGUAGCGCCAUUUGCGUGGAUGUCAACGAAUGCACUGCUGGUAAUCACAUGUGUUCCCCCGAUGCUCAGUGUAUCAAUCAAGAAGGAAGUCACGCUUGUCAUUGCCGACCUGGUUUUUCAGGAGAUGGACGAAUUUGCGAAAAACUUCCUUCUUGUGAAGAUAUUCGUUGCCAAACUUACGAGGUGUGUAUAAUAAUAGAAAAUACACCGACUUGCAUUUGUUCUCCUGGCUUUGAUCAAUCUGAUCAAGGCUGUUUCCCCAUUAAACAUGUCUCUUGUGAUAUCGAGAACAAUUGUUCGCCCAAUGGUAUGUGCAGUUUCGAUGGAGAUAAACAAAAGCACGUUUGUAUUUGCUCGGCUGGUUAUAUCGGGGAUGGAUACACUUGUUAUUCUGAAAAUGAUACGAUAACGGAGGAUACACCGCAACCGCAAUGUUCGGACGAAUCUUGUUGGUGUCCAUCAGGAUGGAAAUUGCAAGAUGAUACUUGCAUCAGAGAAGAGGACAGUUAUACAACCGUUGACUAUAUUCGAGAUUCAUCAUGCAACGUGGUGAAUAGAUGUCAUCCUUACGCUCAAUGCGUCUACGUACCAAACACUGGCGAUUACGAGUGUCGUUGCAAUCUCGGAUACGAAGGUGACGGUAUAGAAUGCACGAAGAGAGAGGUGUCCUGUCUGGAAGUCGACAUAUGUGAUCCAAAUGCUUCAUGCCAACACGAGGAACCCAUCGCAAAAUGCAUCUGCAAUCCUGGAUUCGAAGGCGACGGAACAACCUGCAGUCCUAUUGACGAAUGCAACGACAAUACGGAUUGUAUGAAAAACGAGAGAUGUACGUACAAUCCAACGAGUUCUCGUUACGAGUGCACCUGCAAUGCAGGUUUUAGCAUGGUCGACGGUCAAUGUGUAGUUGCGGAUUGUUCGACGAAUCCAUCGCAAUGCCACGUUAACGCUCAAUGUGUUUCCACUGGUGAUGGCGGCUUCAAAUGUUCUUGCAUCGAUGGAUAUCACGGUGAUGGUGUACGACAGUGCAUCGAAGAUCACAUCGGUUGUAAUGUUAUAUUCAAUUGCGGAAAAUUUGCAGCAUGUGGUUAUAACCAAACGACGACAAAUUACGUUUGCAUCUGUCAAAAGGGUUAUUACGGAGAUGGUUUUACCUGUCUACCACAGUCGUCCUGUAAACGAGAUCCAAGUCUCUGUUCUUCAAAUGCUACCUGUGUACCAGCAGGAGACAAUAAUUUUGCUUGCGUUUGCAACGAUGGCUAUACCGGUGAUGGUACUAACUGUCGGACAAGACCCAAACACGAUGCAAAUUUCCUAUUGGUGAACCAAGGAAUGGCAACUUUGAGGAUACCAUUCGUACCGACUCCAGAUAAUUUAGGAAGUCCGAUACACAUAGCAUACACUCAGAUGUCUAUCGCAGUGGAUAUCGAUUGUUCUAAUGGAAAAGCUUAUUCAAGUGAUAUAACUGGUAACAGAAUACUCGAGCUGAGUUAUAACGGUUCGAUUGUCGAUGUAUUCAUCGAUAAGGUCAGCAGUCCCGAGGGAUUGUCGGUCGAUUGGGUCUCGAGGAAUAUUUUUUGGACCGAUUCCGGAAAAGCCACCGUAGAAGUGGCCAGUCUUGAAACGAAGAAACGUAAAGUCCUUGUCUCGGAUGGAUUGGUUAAUCCUCGGGGAAUCGCCGUACACCCGUAUCGAGGUAAAAUAUUCUGGUCCGAUUGGAACCGUGCCUCGCCAAAGUUGGAAUGGGCUAAUGAAGACGGCACAGGCAGAGAGAUCUUCCUUCAAGGAGAUUACGUUAAGUUACCAAAUUCAUUAAGUAUCGAUUGGUCGUCUGAUGAACUUUGUUGGGCCGACGCUGGAACUUUCACGAUAACUUGCUACGAUAUCGAUAAGAAAAAUGUGAACGUCGUUGCGAAGGACUUGAUUUAUCCCUUUGGCUUGGCAAUAUCUCAGAAUCAUUAUUAUUGGACCGAUUGGAAGACACACAAAAUCGAACGAGCUUUGAAGAGUAAAAAAGAAAUACAACCUGCAUUAUCGAUUCCACCUGGUGGAAACGGCAAACUAUAUGGAAUUGCUGUAGUUCCAGAGACAUGUCCCAGAGUAACGAACGUCUGCCAAUAUGCAAAUGGAAUGUGCAACAAUGAUCAAUUAUGUUUGCCCGAUGGACAAGGUGGUAGGACAUGUGCUUGUGCUGACGAUGCUACAGAACCUUGCACGGAUUCUAAUAAUUCUUCGUAGUAGUAUUCUCGAAAGAAAAAGAAAAAUAAGAGAGAGAAGAAGGAAGAAGAAGAAGAAGAAGGAGAACAUGUGAGAAAACGAAUCCUAAUAUUCGAUGAUAACGAAGCUAGGAUAGCAUCUGAAAAGUUCGUGAGAGCAAAAAGACGUUUCAGAGACAAAAAAAGAGAAAAAAAAAACAGAAAGAGAGAAGAGGAAGAGAGAGA